GCAAGGCAGAGCUCAGGGUGAACUGAUCCUAAUGUUGUUCACAGCACACGUGUCCUACAUGCUGUGGUUAGCCUCGAGCUAGUUUGCUAGUACCAGCGCUAAAAUGGCAACAGAACCGAAACGAACCAAGAUAGAUGACGGCGGCUCACAGCUCGGUCCUCUGGAGACUUUCCUACAGUGGUGCAAUAGAGUCGGUCUGGUUCUCAGCAAUAAGGUGUAUGUGAGUAAAGAGGGAACAGUGUCAGAGUAUGGGAUGCUGGCUAAGGACAACAUAGAGGAGGGGGAGGUUUUAUUCACCAUCCCCAGAUCAGCUCUUCUCCACCAGGGGACAACUAAGGUUUCUGCCCUGCUGGAGAAAGAGAAGUCAUCUCUGGAGAGCCCUUCAGGCUGGGUUCCCCUGCUACUGGCUCUGCUGUACGAGUACACAUCCUCACAGUCCCACUGGAAACCCUAUCUCUCUCUGUGGACAGACUUCAAGACACUGGAUCACCCCAUGUUCUGGUCUAAAGAGGAGAGGGGCAGACUGUUGAGGGGAACAGGUAUUCCAGAGGCUGUGGACAGAGACUUGGCUAACAUCCGUAAGGAAUAUACAGACGUGGUCUUGCCUUUCAUCACCCAGCAUCCUGACCUCUGGAACCCCAGCACACACACUCUGGAGCUUUACACACAGCUGGUGGCCUUUGUUAUGGCCUACAGUUUCCAAGAGCCACAGGAAGAGGAGGAGGAGGAUGAUGAAGAUGAGGAUGAGGACGAGGAGAAGGCCCCCAACCCACCCAUGAUGGUUCCCAUGGCUGAUAUGCUAAACCAUGUGUCCAAUCAUAAUGCUAAUCUGGAGUUCACACCGGACAGUCUGAAGAUGGUUUGCGUGCGCCCCAUUCAUAAGGAUGAGGAGGUAUUUAACACCUAUGGGCAGAUGGCCAACUGGCAGCUGCUUCAUAUGUAUGGCUUCACAGAACCGUAUCCAAGCAACAGCAACGACACUGCUGACAUCCCCCACACCAACCUCUACAAAGUCGCCACACAAGGCAUUCAGUCUGAUUUGGACCGGCAGCUGGUGGAGGAGCAGUGGAAGAUGCUGUGUCAGAUGAUGCAAGACAAAGGAGCCUUUGUGUUUGGUAAACAGGGCUGCCUUACAGACAUGGAGCUACAUACUGCACUCAAGGUGCUGUGCAUGUCAAAGGACGAGUUCUCAGAGUUCAAAGAAAAUGAAGGAUGGGAGGAAGAUGACGAGGAAGACGAGAUUUCUCUUGCUUUCUCUAGCGAGGGUCUCCCAGAAUUAAAGGCUUCAUGGAAAAAGCUGAUUCAUGAAGCAGCCCGUCUAACUCUGAGGUCCUAUGGAAACAGGGAGGAGGAGGGGGUCACAGACAGCGACCGGGCACUGAUAGAGAACAAGGUGGCACUUGCUGGACUGAGCACCAGGCAGCAGAAUGCACUGCAGGUACAAUAUGGACAGAAGAGAAUCCUGUACAGACUGAUGGAGCUCACCAAGUCAUGAGUUCAACUGUGACACGGACCAGGACCACGGUGGAAGGUCUUUUUUUUUUAUCCUAAGAAGAAAACCCAUUUACUACAACUUCCCUUUCAAAACAGUCAAUAAAUGUUUUUCCAGAUGA